AUGAAGGCACAUUCCAUCAUUUCGGUGCCGGCCAUUCUCGCUUGGUUGAGCCAGUUCGAUCACGUUGUUGCUUAUGAUGCACUGAUGCAGAAUCGCGGUCUCUGUACUCCACUGGCGCAGGGAUAUGAGCAAGUCGAUGAUGCUCCUGCUAUCAACGAUGCUCUCAAGAAAUGCGGCGAUGGUGGCACGAUCGUUUUACCCGCCGACCAAACCUACAGCAUUCGCACUCCAAUCAUCUUCUCACCGUGCAGGAACUGCGAUGUCCAAAUCGAAGGACGACUUAUCAUCGCCAAUGACUGGUCCUACUGGAAUAACGUUGAUUCCACAUUAACAUUUACGGGUGUUCAAGGGGCGCGGGUACGGAGCCUGACUGGGAGAGGAGUGAUUGACGGAAAUGCGAUUAGUUACUAUCGUGGCAGGUGGGACGGUGGGAUUUCGACCUACAAGCCGUUUGCUCACAUCACGAAUGGUUCCACGGACAUUCAUUUUGAUAACUUGGUAAUGAAAAACGUGAUGCAUCGCUUUUUUCGUGUCGACGGGCAAAGCUCCGGGGUGGCCAUUAUGAACAUGAAUAUGAGUAUGGAAGAACAAUGGGGUCGCUAUUCGAGGAACGAACACGAUGCGGUAGCCAUUGAGCUCGGGGAGACUCACUCCAUCACGGUGUCCAACGUCAGCAUCAGUCUUCGUUCUCGUGUCGAACACGGUGGUACGGUAGGCAUAUGUCUGGCUAUAGACGUCGAUACGCACAACGUCACUGCAUCAGACAUCGACUGCAGAGGCGCCUGGGGUGGGGCACUUAUUGCCAUGAACAUCAUCGGUACGAUUCGACCGACAGCAGCCCAACAACUUGACACCAUUUCUGACAUCCUGAUAUCGAAUCUCACCUUCGAUGGAGACACCGCCACGGGAUUCCGGUCGUACGGCUUUGAUAGCGUCAUUAGAAACAUUGUCUGGGACGGCGUCACAGUGAUCAAUGGCAACCCUGCCACUGCAUCGCUCUGCUGGCUCAAGACGCAUACGUCUACGCCAUACUAUCCGACUUGCAUGCAACACCUGCGGUCACACAUCACGGACGUGUGGUUCAAAGACUUUAGAGGCAAGGUAGGGCAGAUGCCUACCGGGGAGACUUGGGGUGCGGUGAAUGGUCAGACCGUCACUGAAUAUCACUUUGAUGGAUGGCAAAAUAGUACUAUCGCUGCGCGAUGA